AUGUCCAGCUACGGAUCCUCCUACACCCCUAAAGUCGAUAUUGCCUCCCUUUUGCGGAUAUGGUGCUCGCCCCGCUCUUUCGACGAAAUCACGAUGGAACACGUAAUACUCGAUCUCGAAUCAGAAAUCACCCGCCUCCACACACAAGUCGACACUUCAGACUCGGCGCCUACUCGAGAAAAAUACUACUCUUUGCACGCGCUGAUCCGCCGGCUCCCACCAGAACUGCUCCUGUUGAUAUUCCAUGAAUCGGAAUUAGAUGACUUGUCAUUCAAAAACAGGACACCGCUGGUUCUCAUGAAUCAUUCCUCGAGAUGGCGCUCUCUUAACACUGAUGAUGGCAGGUUUAUCCCAGCGAACUUGCCUGCGCUGGAGAAUCUCGUCUUACGGGACUUCUCGACACUACUUUCCCUCUUCCACGCACUUUGCUUACAUACCCUUCGUAUCGGCACACUCUACGAGAUCCCUCAUAUCUCAUUCCCUUCCCUCCGCCAACUAGAAUGCACCAUUGCUGACCCCACCCUUCUCAUCACCCUUCUCAAACACGCUAACCAGCUCACCUCUCUUCAAGUCUGCUGUCGACAAUCUUUUGUUAACGACAAGCUACCCAAUACGAGCAUAACCAGCAACCUCCACCUUACCCAAAUAUUCGAGACCCUCGCGUGUAUUGUCUUCCCUAAGCUUCGCACCCUCAAACUCGGUUCUGGAUUGCAUGACCGUCACUCCGCCAAGCGACGUCAGUAUCCUCAAUCACCUCCACUGCCCACGUCUGGGGACGCUGGUCUUCCGUGCAUCACACCUUUCGCCAGACUCCUCUCGUGCCCCAUUGCUCGGUUAGGUCUAGUCGUAAAUGACGAAAGCGUGGCUGAGUAUACCAAAGGCGCUCAUGCCUCCGGCUCCCAGCAACAACCGGGGUCUGGAAAACUGACUGAUUCAUAA